AUGGCCGCCGAUGUGACUGAGGGCUCUCUUCGUGCCACUGGCAUUGCCAUGCUGGUCCUCACCACUUUUGUCAUCGUCCUCCGCAUUUUGGGCAACAUCCAGCUGUGGUACCAAGGUCGUCUCGCCGUCAACGGGCAAUGGUGGCACGAAAUUCGGAUGGAAGACUUCUGGCUGUUUCUCUCGUACCUGUUCUUCGUCACCGUCUCCGCCCUGUACCUCUACAUCGUCCCGGCCUUCUUCCGACUGACCCUUCUGGGCGAAGGUCUCAUCGAGCCCUACGCAACUGCCACCGAGGAUGCCCUGUUCAUCCAAAAAGGCCUCUUUGCUGCCUCCGCCUGCCUCUGGUUCUGCCUCUGGUCCGCCAAGUUCUCGCUGCUGUGCAUGUACAAGAAGCUCUUUGACAAGCUGGCCCAGUACAACCGCCUGUGGUGGGCGCUGGUCAUUUUCUCGACGCUGGCCCUAGUCGGCUGCAUCGUCACGCUGUUCGAGGCCUGCGAGAACAUGACGGCCUGGUUCUCCGUCGGCGCCUGCGUGUCUCAGCGUGACAUUGUCCACGCUGCCAUCAGCAUGUGGUACGGCUACGCCGUUGACCUGCUGACAGAUUUGCUGACCGUCGUCAUUGCCAACUCCCCGAAUCUGUACCGCACAAUCAAGCGGCAAACCUCGCGCGCCAAGUACUACGGCGGGCAUGGCAGCUACGAGAACACCGGUGGCAGCAGCAGUGCCCGGCCCCAACUGGCAACCAUCGGAGGCACCGGUGGCCGCAGCUCGGGCUUUCCCAGCCGCAACCGCGGCACGAUCAAUGACAAAGACAACACUGACGACGUCGAGCUGAAGAGUUUUGGUGGCAGCGCCGGCAGCAACCACAGCCAAGUUGGCGACGGUGGUGUGAACGGCGGUGCCCCGUACCCCGGUGGCCGCAAUCCAGCAAAUAUCGGCUUGGUCGACCCAGACAACAGCAGUCAAGAAGGGCUCGUGGAUGAGUUGCGUCGCGCUAACGGCGGUAUUGUCAACGUGACCGUCAGCGGUGGGAAAAUGAACGCCGCUGGUGACGUCGGAGGCGGAAACUGGCAGGGAGGAGGGAUUGUUGUGACCAAUACACACGUUCUGCAGCGGACAGAGGGCAACAGCUAA